AUGGGGGCUUUUGGAAGGAUGUUCUUGUUGGAGGGACAGCACCCUUUGAAAGAGCCUUUACUCCCCAGCAGGAGAAGGAACCAUCGAGUAGGCUUCAGGUUGUUGUGGACGAGAAUUGUUUACAAGGCAGUUCCAUCCAAAAUCUCCUGCCCCGAAACUCCAAGCGAAUCGAUCAUUCCCAUAUCACCAGGAUACCUGAUAUUGAAUCCCAUCUUGGCCAGACGAGUGCAAAAUGUUGCUUUUCCCGAGAGAGAGGCGGUGGUGAGGGGCGAGUGCCGAGAGCGGCGGACCCGGGGCAGCUCGAGGCUUGUUUACGCUUCUCAUCGACCAGCGGGGCUCCUGGGUCUCCUGCAGGACCUCGCAGCGCUCACCUCAGGCCCUCACAAGACUAUGUCACAUAAAGAAGUUAUAGUGGAAAAUGACGAGAUGGAGGACGGGAGCAUUUUCGUUUGUUUUAUGUGUGAGAAGGAAUUCCGCAAGGUCUCUCUUCUCAAUGAGCACAUGCAGAUGCAUCAGAAUAUGCCAGAAAUGCAGAAGGAACUACCUUCGCGACGCGGCCGGGGACGUGGAAGUGCGGGAGGCGGUGGUGGCGGAGGCGGUGGCGGUGGCACCAGAGCGCGCGGCAGGGGGCGAGGAAGAGGCCGAGGGAUGUUGAAACCAAUCCAGAUAAAGACGGAGCCAGAUAACGCUGUGUACAUCAAGUCUGAACCGGAAGAGAUGAUUUGUCCAUCAACAAUCAAAAAGGCUGAACGGAUCCGGCAUUAUUUCCAAAGCCGGGGAAGCAGAGGCCGUGGACGAGGCAAAAGACCCCUUUCAAUGGAUGAUGAAGAGGAUAUGGAGGAGAACGACACAAACGUUCAGCUUCAGGACGAAGAAAUCAUGAUGGUUCCGCCUCCAUCUAAGAAGUCCUCAGGUCCUUUAAUCAUGAACGCUGAACCAGAUGGCUUUAUAUGUCCUCCAACAAACAGCUUCUCAACACCUAAAAAGCAUGUCAAAAUAAGAAAGAAACUUAUAGUGCAGGAAGUAGUGUAUGAGGAGGUUGAAGAGGAUGAAAGGGAAGGAGAGACCAAUGGUGCCCACACAACAAACAAUAUUUUGAAAGGAGAGUUCCCGGGAGAGGAAGAUGACGAAGACAAUUUUGAUGAAGAAAAUCCAGAGGGUGAAAUUGUUGAGGUAAUGGAUUUCCCUACCACCCUCAAAGAUAGAACUACAAAUUCAAAGAAGCCGGGAAGACGAUCACAGCCAAGGACAGCAGAAGAUGAGCCUGGGAUUCCAUGUGAUGAGUGUGGCAAGGAAUUUAGGUCUGUCACUACUCUUCGUGUACAUAUGAAAUCUCACUUAGAAGUAAAGGACAUUCCAUGCCCAUAUUGUGAUGAAACCUUCCCACAACGUCACGUUCUUCACCAGCAUCUUGUAAAUGAUCACGAAGAGUCAAGCAACCUUACUUGUCCAGUCUGUCAGAAAGUGUUCACCCGGACUGAUUCUCUGAAAUCUCACAUGGUUCGGAUGCAUGAGGAAGAUGGUGGACUUAACUGUUAUAUAUGUGGCAAGAACUUCCCAAGCCAGGGGCAACUGGAGAUGCAUGUGAGAGUUCACACUGGAGAGAGGCCUUUCAAAUGUGAUUAUUGUAACAAAGGGUUUGUGCAGAAAGUGCAUCUGCGGACACAUCUGCGGACAAUGCACAAUAUGCAGGAGAUACAAAAUACUCCAUGUCGGAUAUGCAAUGCUAUGUUAGAUGGCAGGGCAGGCCUGAGAGACCAUUACAGUUCAGUUCAUGGUCUCACAAAUAACCAGUACAAGUCGAGAGUAGCUAAAUUACGAAAGGAAGGCAAAAUUCCAGAGUUGCCACCUCCUGUAGUCAAGGAAGUGGACCCAUCUUUAAAUUAUUAUAAAGUAAGUGUAUCUGAUCUGAUACCAAGUCAGACCAUGACAACAACAUCUACAACUACUAAAACUUACACUAGAAAAAGCUCUGGGAGAUUGCGGGAAGUUCGAAAGGGUUCAAAUGCAGCAUCUCGUAAUUCAGCCAGUAGUACAACUAUAACUGACGCCCACUUUUUAAGUGCAGAAGUAAAGCAAGAAGGAGACGAGUCACCAAAACGAAGAGAUCAAGAAGAAUUAAGCAUCGUGGAAUCUGCCUUUAAGGUGGCAGAGCAGAUGGAUCAGUUAGGGAACAGUGUAUCUGGCAGUACCACUAUUCUUGUUGCUGGGGAAGAUUCUGCAGCCACAGGUGUGUACUAUGCCAUCCCUGUGGUGAUGGACAGUACGUCCACCACCACAGCCACAACAACAGCUCCUUCCUUCUUGACUGCAACUUCCAUGAGUUCCCAUCAGCCUGCCUCAGGAGAAAAUGUGACAAGCACCAUGACCUCCAAUGGGACAGCUAUGGUUUCCACCUCUUCAACAGGGGGACAAGCCCUUCAGCAGGUUCAUCUGGCUCAGGAAGAAAUAGAUGAAGAAUAUGCCCAGUUUGCUGCCGAACAUUCUCACAUUGGUAGUGAAGAGUUCAGUCCAGACAGUCUUGGUGGGAAGGGAUCCAUUGUCAAGGCUGAGCCAUUGCAGCUCUUUACAGACCCUAGUGAUCCUACACAGGCAGAAACUGUGGAGAUGUUUACAAUGUGAAUAUUAAGAAGGAAAUGCAUUUACAAUAUAGGGGAAUCUUUUUUGUUAUUUAUUUGUCUUGUCAUUUUCAAUCUGCUGUACAACAGUUGUCCGUUAACAAUGAAUUAUUGUGUGAUUGAAUUUGCCAUAUCAGAUACUUGGCCUAGAGAGGUUGUUCAAAUUAGGUUAUUAAAUAUAUAGGUGAAAGUAUCAUAGGAUUUAGAGGUUUCUAAAUCUGCAUAUUAUAACAGAAUUUUUUCCCCUGCCUCCUCUUGCUUGCCACCAAAGAUGUGCUAAAGUUUUGUAUAGUUAACUUGUGGUUUUAGUCAUUACACUUAGUAUUUUCGUUGAUCUACACCAUCAUCUCUUUUCCUUUUGAUUAUUUUUGUAAUAAUUCUGUUGUAGCAUAAAUUUGGACCACUCCUGGAUUUGGACAGAUUCUUUUGCCAUGACUUAUCCAAUUAGUUGGUGAUAGAACAUUCCCCACCAGAUUUUGUAAAUAGAUUUGUACAUUGUUGUAGGUCAGUGCCAGAUAAAGCCUCAUACUGUUUGAGGAAUAAAUGUUUGGACAAGUCAGACUUUACUAGUCUAAUAUUAUUGAAAGAUAUACACAGAAUUUGAUUGAUUUUGUGUGAAAAAGAAUGUAGCUCCUCUGCAGAGAUCAAAGUAUCAGCCUUGUAUGGAAAUGAAGUGUUAGUGAUAUUGGGCCUAGGUUCAUUUUGCAUAAUUCUUGCAUUACCUUCCCAAUCCCACAUUGGAUAUUAGGUAGAAUGAAGAGUACACAUAGGAAAUAACUGGAACAUGGCUUGUCAGUAAGAGGUAAAGUACAAGAUUUUGAUAUUCUGACAUAGCCAUUGCCAAAUCCAAUGGAUGGCCUACCAGUGAACUCUAGAAAUACAUUCAUAAAAUUGAAGAAGAGGUGACAGAUCUGUGUAGUAUUUAUUGACCAUAUGCUACUCUGUAUAUAUAGAAUUUAGUUGGUUAACUCAUUGUUUUGAAGUAAAAAAUUAGAUUUUGAUUUUGAAUCCACUAUAUUGUGGCUGUAUAUUUGUAUCUCGGAUAGUCUACCAUGGUAACAAUAUAAUUUUCACUAUGUUUGUCACCUCAAGCCCUUUAAGUCAUUCAGUGUUAUUGUGGUUAUAUGAGAAGAAUAGUAGAAACAUAAGGUGCAUCUGAGAAGUCUGCUGUCCGCUAUGGUGAACAUGAAAUUGUUCAACAAGGGUUAUUAUGUUUGCAAAAGAAAUGCCAGAUGAGCACAAAAGAUGAUUUGUUCCACCAAGACCUUUUGUUUGCCUUAGGAGGAAUCUUCUAUUUGUCAGAGGGAAGGGAAUGCCUUUUGUGUAAUAAAGUGUCAUGGGUAGAAAGUUAGGACUGACAACUGUGCUGGAACCUGGAGAUUUCUCGUUUGUACCCUUACUAGGCCCAUUUGGCCAAUGCAAGGCUUUAGCAUAGCAUUUUAUUUUUAUUUUUUAUUUACAUAUAUUUUUUUUUUCUAAAUAAGUAAUAUACUAGAUUUUGAACUUUUGUUUAAAAGAGAGUAUUUCUUAUGAUGGUAGUAGAAACCUAACAGAAAAUGUUAUGUCUGAGCUCUUGCUAGUAUGGGAGUAACUCAUCCUACUGUGUUAGGGUAGGAUUUCCAGUAGAACAUACAGUAUAUUUUUAUGAUGUAGUUUCCACACCAUUGAAUUACCUGUUUCUUCAGGUAGUAUUUAUGCAUGUAAAUUAUUUAAAGUUUAGUACUUGAAAUUGUAGUUCUUGUACUAUUAUCUCAGUUUAUUGUGUUCACCAGGCAUGUGAACACAAGUGAGUUCACUGUUUUAUCAGAAUUAUGAGGAGUUACAAGUACUUAAAAAGUGACAUCACAAACGUUGUGUAUGGUAUUUUCAUAUUUUCCCAUAUAACUUAUCAAUGAUAAGCACCUCUAAAAAGUCACUGCUUGUAAGUUGUUGGCAAAGGAAAAGGGAAAAGAAAUUUAGGACAAAAUAAUUAUUUUAUAACUGACCAACUCAAUUACAAGUUUGUUUAUUUGCCUAUACCAAAAAAUGGUGUACUCAAAAGCCUGGAAUAAAUACAACCAAUACAG